AUGGCCAUGAAAGUUGAGGUUGUCUCUACAGAGAGCAUCAAGCCUUCCUCUCCAACUCCAUCUCACCACAGGGAGUUCAAGUUCUGCCUCCUUGACCAGCUGGCUCCACCAUUUUGCGUUCCAGCCGUCCUGUACUACUCGGCUCCCGAUGACAAGGCGGCACCCAACUCUGCCUCAGUGACAGGAAACUUGAAAGCUUCAUUCUCGCAGGCACUUUCCCUCUUCUACCCUCUAGGCGGAAGGGUGAAAGGCAAUGCUCCCAUCGAUUGCAACGACGACGGCGCGCUCUAUUUGGAGGCGAAAGCUCACUUCCAGUUGUCUGAAGUCCUAUCAAACCCCGACAUCAAUCAGCUGCAGCAAUUCCUUCCAUUCUCUCCAUACACAAUGAGUCCCAACAUUGAGGAACAAGCCAUUGUAGGGGUCCAAGCUACUUUCUUUGACUGUGGCAGUAUCGGGAUCGGCAUCUGUAUCUCUCACAAGAUCGCCGACAGCGCGUCGGUCUCCGCUUUCCUCAAUUCAUGUUCUGAAAUUGUUGUCAAUGGCGGCGAUGGCAAAGCCAACCUCAAAACCCCCUUCUUGAAAGCAUCUGAGCUCUUCCAACCAAAGGACAUAAAAUUCCAAAUACCAUCCGGGGUCAUCAGCAGAGAGAAGCUUUUAACCAAGAGGUUUCGUUUCGACGGCGAGAGCUUGGUCCGUCUCAGGGCCAGGUUUGUCAGUGCUACUCCUACUCGCGUCGAGGCUGUGACUGCCCUCAUAUGGAAAUCGGCCGUGGACGCAGCGAGGAAGAGGCCGGACUGGAACAAGACGUGUCCCCCAUCAUCAGCAGUGACACAUGUGGACUUUGCAGGCAUUCUCAGGAAAUCAAUAAGGGCAAUUGAUAGCGAAUAUUUGAGCGUGCUUCAAGGCGAGAAUGGAUUGGCCAAGGCUUGCGAGAGCCUCAUGGCGGCACGGAAGCUGGUGGCGGCAUCUGCGGGAGAGAUUGAGCUCUACAGGUUCAGCAGCUGGGCGAGGUUCCCGUUCUACGAGGUGGAUUUUGGCUGGGGAAGGCCCUCUUGGGUGUGCACCACCAGUGUUCCCAUGAAAAAUGUGGUGAUUUUGAUGGGAACUAGGUGUGGGGAUGGGAUCGAAGCAUGGAUCACCUUGGCCGAGCACGACAUGAUCGAGUUCGAGCGCAACGAUGAGUUGCUACAGUUCAUUGCGCCGAGCCCUUGA